CGUCAUACGCAUUUAGUAUGAGGAAGUAAACAAGGCUGUUAAUGAAACGCUCGGGAUACUGGUCUGGCUCGAAUUCUUAAAUUAUAGCGUGUGUGCGCAGUGUGUUGACUGCCAAGUUUAACUUAUUUAAAAAUGUCGAUUACAAACCCGAAACAAACAUUCAUGAAUCCGACCAUCCCCUUUGCGGGGACAAUCCUUGGGGGGUUGCUGCCAGGGGAAAUGGUUAUUAUUCAAGGUUCGGUUCAAAAUGAUAGUGAAAGGUUCCAGAUUGAUUUAACAUGUGGAAGCAGCACAAAACCGAGAGCGGACGUGGCCUUUCACUUCAACCCUCGAUUUAAGAAGUCUCCUUGCCUCAUCUGUAACACACUGCAGAGAGAACGUUGGGGCAAGGAGGAGAUAUUGUAUAAAAUGCCUUUUGCACUUGGGGCCUCCUUUGAGAUCAUAGUAUUGGUGCAUCAAGAUGUGUUCAAGGUUGCUGUGAAUGGGGCACACAUGCUGGAGUAUAAACAUAGACUUGACCUGGAUAGAGUGGACACUCUGGCCAUAUCUGGAAAGGUCAACGUUCAGGCCAUAGGGUUCAUCCCAAGCUCUAACUCAAUUCCAACUCCACCUGAUGUAGUGAAUGAAGUCACACAAGCGAAUGCAUUGGUUUCAUCAUCAGGUGACUUUAGCCUACCUUUUAGAGGCAAACUGUUCAAGGGGCUGAGUCCAGGACACACCAUCACGAUCAAAGGACACACCAGCCCCUACCCACACAGCUUCUCUGUGAACCUGAGAGUGGGAAACACGGAGGACAUAGCGCUGCACCUGAACCCCCGCAUGAAGAACGGGGUAUUUGUCCGCAACUCCUACCUGAAACAGUGCUGGGGUCCUGAGGAGAACUCUUUGCCCAACUUCCCCUUCACACCCGGGAAGUACUUUGAGAUGAUCAUCCUGUGUGAAGCCCAGCAGUUUAUGGUGGCAGUGAACGGCCUUCACCUGCUGGAGUACAAGCACAGAGUCCAGGACCUGAGCCGCAUCAACGAGCUGGAGGUCCAGGGAGACGUGCAGCUACUGGACGUCAAGAUGUGGUGAAGGCUUUCGUCACUCCGCCUCCACAACCUUCCAGAGAUCAACACUCGCCCUCUGAGAGUCCUCCAACUCUGGGACGACCCCCCCCCCGCCUGUGCGGCUGAGCAGCUUUCUAGAAGAACACCUCACUCCACUCCACUCCACCAAGCUAGGCUGCAAGGCCUCUACCUGGUCCUUCAUAUUAAUUCCUCUGUGCAUGAGUGCUUUGAAAUGUAGCGCUAUUAAUGAAAGUGAUGUGGAUGAGGUAUUCAUAAAUACCUGAAAUAUUGCUGUGAGGCUGACAAAAUGUAAUUAACAACUGGUCUGUAAUCUGUUGAGUCAGAUAUUUCUAAACAGAGCAGGCCAAUAUAAAUUAUGUGAUUAUUAAUUUAUAAAGGCCAGCAUGAUUAGCUAAAGAUAUUGAUCUCAUUCAUAAGUGUGUUUACUUUGUAAUAGCAAUAGUUAAUCAAUCAUUUUAAUCAUUGAUCCUCAAAACUCCUCAAUUGAAUUGUAACCACUCAGAUGUAAUGCAUAUUUGAAUCCAUUAUGUUUUGCUUUAAUGUAUGUUCUACUGUUAAAGGCAUCUAAAGUAAUUACUGCUUUGUAUUAGUAGGAUACAGUGCAUUUGUUGCAUUGCUGCAUUUCCAUUCUAAUAACAGUUUAGGGCUAGUGCUAAGUACAUCUCAACCUGUCAGGGACUCAGUGUAUAUAAAUACUUAUAGAUGGUGUUUUAUUUUUAGUUAUCUUGGUUACUUUGGCAAUUUGACCAAAUGAGGAUCAUCUGUUGGACAAAAACAAAGGAAACAGAAGAAAUAUAGAGUUGUGAAAUCAGGAAGAUGCUCAUAACUUUAUACCGUUCAUACCCAACAAAAUGAUGGUCGUACACUAGCAAAGAGUCUCUUGAACAAAAUGUUGUAUCCAUCACCCUCCUAUGCAAGCAUCCACUGAUCCUUCACACUAUGUGAUCAUUUAUUACGUGCCUACCCCGACGUCAUCGAUCAUGUCUGUAUUUUGGAAGAUGCUCAUUCUUUGACCUUAAUAAAGUAUCUUUG